AUGAAGGGCAACAUGGCCGCUGUCGACCUGCUGUGUCGCUAUGACAGCACCGCCAAUUUACAGAACAAGCGCCACCGAACACCGAUCAUAGAAGCCCGCCGCCAUGGUCACCACGAUGUUGUGCAAUACCUGCUCCCUACGGAACACACUGAUGCUGCAUCCAAAGUGGACGAAAGUGGACAUACAAGCGUUCCUGCCACUGCUACCACUACCACCGCUACUGCUACUGCUACUCUCAUGGCAAGUAAUGCCCAAUCUUUUAGCUCUGUCUGCCCCAUUCUGCACGACAUGCUACUGCUACAAAUGCAUGCCACUGCGACCACUCCCCCACCUAUGCUAGUUCACAUUGUGACGUCC